AAUUCCGGAAACGCCACACACGCCCUAUACUCGCGCAUUUUACAGCACACCAAUCGAAACAUUUGAAACACUACAUCAAGUAAAAAAAAAAUAAAAUUAAAAACAAAAAAAAUAUUUAACUUCGUUUUUAACUAUAUUUUGGUGCACAAAUGUGCAACGGCGUCACGCUUCCUGCUAAAUUCUUUCCGGCUACAAAAGCACUAUGGGUAAUGAAAGCAGCAGACUAAAGCUGAAGGGCAUAAUUACCGACAAAAAUGUGGUGCAGGAAAACGAUUUCUGGACACUGUAUAAUGCCGAGUGGCCCUCGCCCGUAGGCGUUGAAGGACACUGCCAACUUUUAUCGAUUUUUGAGGAAAAAACUGUUGUAUCUGGUGAUUUGUGGGCGAAUGGCCCAGGACCCGUGGAAAGAGCAAUAAAGAAUUUUAUGGUCUACCGACAUCCGUACAUACUAAGAUAUGUUGCAACAUGGGAGCAGUCUGGGCUUAAGCUCCUUGCCACAGAGCGGGUCACCCCGCUUAACGACAUUUUGCUUCAGCAAAGCAACAUUCAAAUUUGCCUUGGGCUGCGCGCAAUAUUGUGUAGCCUCAUAUUUCUGGUAGAAACAGCUUUAGCCAGACAUUUUAAUAUAUGUACGAACUCUGUUUAUGUGACUGAUAGUGGAAGUUGGCGUCUGGCAGGUUUUUCAUACGUAUGGGCAGGCAAAGAUUUCAACAAGCGCUUGCUAAAAUGUAUCCCUUUACUUUUCGACACAAAUAAUAGAGGAGAAAAUUUUGAGCAGUUCGCGUUUGCAACAAUGUGCGAAGAGAUUUUAAAAAAAAAACUUUCUGAUGGGGCUGAUAUCCCUUAUGUUCGUGAGUUUCGCGAAUAUUGUAGGGCACAUUUAAAACAUCAAAUCAGCGAGCUUAGACCAAAACUUUCUGCGGUCUUACUGCACCCUUACUUCAACCAUGAAUUUGUGGUUAUACAUUCUUUUCUUUUUGAAUUGCCGCUGAAAUCAAUUCAAGAGCGACAUAACUUCUUUUCAAAUUUGGUGGAACGCCUGCGAUGUUUUGAAGAGAAAAUGGUAGCAUCCCAAUUAGCUAAUGACUUACUUUCUCGGAUGGUCCUACUGGAUUCCACGGCACAGCAGUUUGUUACUCCCUAUGUGCUACGUACAAAAUCUUUAGACAGAGAUACAUCAUUAUUUACCCCUGAGACUUACGUUCAAUAUUUAUUGCCGCAAAUACUUAAAAUGUUUAGACUAAGGGAUGCUCAGAUUCGGUUAAUUUUAUUAGACUACUUUACUGAAUAUAUUUGUCUUUUAAGCGAAGAUCAGUUGCAAAGUGAAAUUCUUCCGCAAUUACAGCUUGGUAUGAACGAUACAAAUGAAGUUUUAGUUACUAAGACAGUGAGGUGCAUCGCUGAUUUAGUUCCCAUUUUGGGAGCAACAAAAGUACUUGGCGGUGAUCGUCGCAGAUACUUUUCGGAUGGUCGUCCUAAUGCAGCUGUGCCCUUAAAAAGUAAUGCAGAAUUAUUAGAACCGCGUUCAAUUACGCCUUUAAUGAACAUUAACUACGUAGACGCAGACGACAAUGAAUUGGUAUCUGGGAGUCCGUUGCCGUCUGACAAAAAUCAUACUUCGUUACCGCUUCGCCUUAGUCCCGACGGUGGCGAGGACGAGCAUGAAGUAAUGAAUUUAAAUGAUAAAUCAUUUGAAAUUACUUUUAAAACCAAUCUUGAAACCAAUUCUGUCAAAUUUCCUGAUGAGCUCAAAAAAACUACACUUAAUUUAGGUGAGGAGGAUGUUUGGUCUGAUUGGGAAACUACAGAUGAAGCCCCGAGUUUGCAAGCCACCAGCAGUCAUCCAUCUCAAGUUGAAAAAGUAGCUUUCACGGAGUCUCAUCUUCGCUCAAUUAUUUCGAAAGAUUUAAAUUUGUUGCCGUCUCAAUUAGAUUCAAAGAAUAUCGACGAUCUUAGCGCGUUGGAUAUACAAGUACAAUCAAAGGCCCAACCCCAGUGCUUAAGUGAAGUUGAUUACUUCAAGGACAUGGAGCCCGUUAUCCAAAGAUCAAGAAGAGACAGGAAAACUGCGGGACCGGUUGAAGUAGACUCCAGCCGUUUUGAUGCUGUUCCAUUAUUCACUGGUUCAGAUAUAGAUAAUACAGACGUAGGCUGGGGGCAUAAUAUAACGGAUGAAGAUAUGGGCAUUAAUGUCACCGGCACAGCCUAAGUUGGUUUUCAUUAAGCUCAUUUCUCCCCAACGAUAAACCAAUUCAUCAAUGUUUUUAAUGCAAUGAAAUAAAAAUAUGCAUAAUUAUUA